CGGCAUAUGAACACCGACUAGGUUUACCCAAUAGCCAAUAACUUCGCGUUUUACUCAAAGAGCAUAUAACGUAGAGCCAGUGGAGCUAAAUGGAGUCUAACUUAGAACUAUGAAGCUCACAUCGAAAGAUAGUGUGACUGUUACUAGAUAGCGUGACAGAUGUUGUAACUAUUACUUUGUAUCAUGCUAUAACUGGGUAGCAUGUCGAUCUGUCUCGCUUUCAGACGGAUCUCAGUUUCUUCAUUAAGACAAGUAAGAAAAACUCACUUGUCCUUGAUGGCCAGCUUGUCGACUUCCAUGAAGGCAGUUGUGAUACAUGAGUACGGUAAUUCUAGUAAACUUAGCUACGAAGAUGUGCCAAUUCCAGAACCAGGACCUGAUGAGGUUCGUGACUCGAUGCCAUUGUUUACUUUAGCCAAAAUUGUUGGCAGAUGCUCUCGUAGGAACCGUUUAAAAUUCCUGCUAUUUCUUAGAGAUGCUUUAAAAGUCCUUUUUUCUUUUUUUUUCGAGUAGACAGGGACUUUUAAGGCCCUAAGUAAUAGAGUGGUGUUUGUUAGAACUGAGGAACGAUGAUUUCGCUUGUGUACGUAUUUGUAUUGUCGGUAAAAUUCCCGCUCAGUCCUAUACUGAAUUAUACAUUCAGUUCUUGGAUAGAGUAAACAAUGACAAAACAAUAAAUUACAAUUGGGAAAACAGAUUUGUUUUACAAUAUUAUGGGGCUGUGCGGAAAUUUUACCGUAUUGUCUUUGCUUCUACCUCAUAACCUGCACAGAAAGAGGUAACACGGGAAUGGUACGUGAAAUUGUGUUCUGGUCAAGUCAACGUUUGCAAGGGAGUGUUAAACAGCAUUUCAAUCUUAAAAGUGACGUUAAACACCUCUGCUAUAAUCAACUCGUAUGGGGUGAUUAAAUUAGCCAGAUAUGGUACAUCCUUGAUUAAUGGGAGGGUUUGCAUCCCUACAGUCAGUUGAGCAACAUUACUAUUGAUCGGUAGACAUACCUAGGUGUUAAACACUUGUGAACUGUGUAACAGAUAGGAAGCACUGAUCCAUAAAUCUAUGUGCUUUAUCAUGGAUUUUAUCAUUUCACAUAUGUGUUACUAUCCUGCCCUAGUAAACCCUGAAAGGAGUUUUACAAUAAUGAUAUUGAUUGUUUCACUUCAGAGGAUUGCAAUGGAGAAAUUCACCCAACCUCUUUUGCUUCAACAGGUCCUAGUUAAGAAUCAUUUUGCUGGUUUAAACUUCAUUGAUACUUAUGUCAGACAAGGAAUCAUGAAACUAGUACAACCUGGAGGAAUCUUGGGAUUUGAAGGAGCAGGGACAGUAGAGAAACUGGGUUCUGGUGUUCAGGGCCUCUCUGUAGGAGACAGGGUUGCAUUUGGAUUUAUUGGCUCAAGUAAGUAAUUAUAAGGGCCACUUGUAAACACUUUUCACAUCUAACAUUUCAAUUGACCUUUGCCUGCCCUCCAACCUUCCAGCCUCAUAGUUAUUGUCCAGGAAUAUAAUUACCAGCUUUCUCUCUGAAAGUCAUUAGUAGUAUGGCUAAUUCCUUCUUACUGAUCUCUUUUAUCUUGAUCUCUACUAUAGGAGAGGGAGGGGUGUUGGGGGUAUAUGUACAAAGUUGACUUGUUACCUCCAAAAAAAAUCCUUUUUGCCAUUGUUUACACCAACUGUUGUGUGAUGUAACCUCUUAUUAUUAGCAUACUCGAGUCACCUUUGUUUAGACUGAUAUUCACCAUAACUAUCUUUCUUGUUUUAAGAUGCCUAUUCACAGUACAGCAAAGUUGGAGCCAAGUAUGCUGUUAAAGUGCCUGAUCAGCUUACCAUGGAGCAAGCUGCCAGUACCUUAUGGCAGGGGUUCACUGCACAUGCAUUUGCAUGUUCUUCUUAUCCAAUCAAAGCUGGAGACAAAGUUUUGGUUCAUGCAGCUGCUGGUGGAGUUGGAAGCCUGAUUACUCAGAUCGCAAAGAAUACAGGUACAGGCUGUCUUAAGUCAGAUUGUUCCAAGUUUGUUUAGGGCAACAAACAUUUUUGUUGAAAUUAAAGUAAAUAUGAUAAAUGGGGAAAGCAAUCAAAUAACUUCUUCUUCAUCUUUUGUCUUCUACUUUCCCCAUUAAACUUUUUGAGCUGAUUUUUAGGAGCUUUUGUGAUUGGAACAACCAGCACUGAGGCCAAAGCAUCAAAAGCGAGGGAGGCUGGUGCCGAUGAGGUCAUUCUUUACUCACAGAAAGAUUUUGUCGAAGAAGUCAACAGGAUCACCGAUGGAAAAGGGGUGAAUGUUAUUUAUGAUGGUGUUGGAAAGACAACAUUCCUCAAGAGUAAGUAAUUGUAUGAGGGAACUGUAUACCAUAUGAAAUUAGGUAAAAUCCCACUUAUCCAGCUUAUUCUUAGCUCCAUUUGAAUUGAGGUGCAAGCAUGGCAAGCAGUACAUUGAUAUGUUUGUGACUCAGUGUUAGAUCAAGCACUUUUCAAUUGAGUGCCAUAAAGUGAAAACCAAAGUUAUCAAAACAGCCAAUCAUAACAUGGGAAAAAAUAUCACAAGGAGCUAAUGAGAACUCAAAUAAAAACCAGCUAACUACCUAAAGGGCAGGAAAACAUGGGAGACCAAGUCGUGAUUGGUUUUAGUUUUGAGUCUGAUUGGUUGAGAUAGUGGCAUGAGUUUCUGGACUAAUGGCAGAACAAAGUAAACCAAAAGCAAUCCCAAAUAUUUUUCGAUGAUCACUGGAUAAUUGCUCUAGCUCUAUUGAACAUUGCUUUGGUCCAUGGAAAUGUAAAAGAAGGGGUCUGAUAUCCAACCAUCAUUAUGGAACAAGCAUGGUUAAUAAACAGAAUAUGAAAUUGAAAAUUAUGCAAAAUAGUGGGAAUGUGAAUUCACGAAACAUGUCAUGGUUUCCCAAGGCUGUCAGGGCUAAUUUUUCAGGAAAAGUAGAUGGGUCCUACUCCAAAAGAGGAUCAACAUUUACAGUUCAUAAUAUGAGAAAAAUCACCAUUGUAACAGAUGCAUUGCUUAACUAGAGAGUAAAAAUAAUUUUUAGUCAAUGCUACUCCUUUUAUCAGUGAAAUGAAUUUAAAAUGCCAGAAAGUAGUGACUGUGUAUUUUUUCUGGACUUAAACAACACAAAGCUUAAUGAAACUUUGCAAGUUCAAGGUGAAGGUUGGUUAUCCAGGUGUAGUUUGAUAGUAAUUGAUCAUCAAUCAGUCAUUAUUUAUCACUUGGGGAGGGGGGGUUGGAGGACUUUGGUUGUGUCACAGUAGAGUGUACCUGACCCCUCCCCCUGUCUAAGGUUGUGUAAUAUUCCUAUGAUCUUCCCCUCACUAAUAGUUAAUUGGCAGUUAAUUUUCUAUAGUCUCUCCUUUAUACUCUGUCGGUGGUGACUGAUCCCCACUCUGUUCCCCCUGAACACCAUGUGUCCUCCUUGAAUUCCUUCCCCCCCCCCCACCCACCAAGCAAAUUAAUACUGACUGGUCCUUCAGCCGGUUUGAUUCUCGGGCAAAAUUUAAGAGAAUGACUUGUGACUUAAAAUUUAAAAUGUAUGUGGCCUUCCUUUUUAAACCCAGAUUUCGGUUGUCUGGCACGUCGAGGAACCGUUGUUUUAUUCGGUGGAGCGUCAGGUCGCCCUGAGCCUCUCGAUACCGGCGUGCUUGCCAAAGGUUCCUUUUACGUCACAUAUGGUGUCAAUUUCCACUUUGUGGAGGAUCCAGCUGAAUACAGCCAAAGAGCCACAGAGCUUUUCACUUGGUUGACUGAAGGAAAACUCAAAUUUAGCGGCGGAAUCACAGUGGUUCCCUUGUCUGAUGUGAAAAAGGCCCACGACAUGUUAGAAGGAAGGCAGACAACAGGGAAAGUUCUCCUGCAGCCGUGAUAGAUUGUGAAAAGUUGGAGACUGUAAAUUGCUCGUAGAUUAUUUUCCUAUGUGAAAUACGUAGUUGUACGUAGUUUAAACUGACUGCAAAACGCAGUCAGCUGUUAUUUUCAGAAUCUGAUAUCUUCUUUUGCAUUCAGGCUCGUUUCUGGGCCAUGCCGAUCAAGUACGAAUGCUCAUGCGUGCUUUCAGAAAUCCAAAAAUGUUGCAUACUGUUGAGCGGCGAACAGCGAAGCAUCUUAAAAAAGAUUACACAGGUCGAGAAACCUUGAAGACUUCGGAAGUUGUAAGAUACUUCAAAGAAAAAAUAUUAAAUAGAUAAACCGUAUCAGCCACUUUUCAUCCCUACCUGAGUGAUAUUUAACGCAGCAGGAGUACAAGAGUCUGGAUGAGGGGGUACAAAUGUCAUUUGUCAAUUAAAAUUUCCGCCGUUUAUCAGCUGUCAGUUAGAUUUUCAGCGAUUUGUCAGUUGUCAGUUAAAAUUUUGGCCAUUUGUCAGUUGUCAAUCAACCAUAUUCAGACCCUCGUACAACUGGGGGGUGGAGUGGAAAAGUCGACAGCAAUUGGGGAGGGAGCUAGGGGAACCCUAAGUUGUCAUCUUCGUCAUAUAUUCAUCGUGUUUCUCGCUUUUUUUUUUUUGUUUAAAGCAUGCUAUGACUCAAAACUUUUCCCAGGGCCUUUUCAACGAACAGGGCUCUUGGGAACAGGGUUGGCUCUCUCACCUUUUUUAGAUAGUUACCAUGGAGUGAUUUAAAGACAACUUGUUUAAACAUGUUUAAAUAAACAUUAAGAUCGUGUCAAGAUCGCGGUUGAGAGUUGUGUACGACAUCCCUAUCAGUAUCUAAUAUGAAAGUGUUUUAAUUAAAUACACACUGCCUCGAACGGACAUUUAGUCUGCGUUGUGACGGCAGUUUUUCCUACCAGCGGGG